CUCUUGAAAGAGAACAAGGCAUUGGAGUGGUCGGAUCUGUGCCAAGAAGCAUUCGAGGCCUUGAAGGAAGCAGUGACGAAGGAGCCUCGUGCUCGUGCUCCCUAAUCUGACGUUGACCUACAAGCUGCAUACCGAUGCAUCCGACUUUGAUAUUGGUGGUGUUUUAAUGUCGGAUGGGCAUCCCAUUACCUUUGAGAUUCGGAAGGUCAAAGAGACAGAGAGGCGAUACACGGUCCAACCGAAGGAGAUGACAUUCAUGGUGCAUUGCUUGUUCACAUGCGGUCACUACUCUGUUGUAGAUACUCUUAGUCGGAAGAGUGCAAGCGCAAGCAUCAGACAACCCGUGUUUCUUUUCAAGGAGCAGAUCGUUGAAGGCCUUGGCCAUGACCCCAUCGCCAAAAUCGUGGGAGAGUACAUUGAGAAAGGGAAGAAACGACGAUCUUGGAUGAAGGAUGGGCUCAUCAUUUCCAAGGAAAUGCGUGUGUUCAUGCCACGGUGGGCUAACUUGAGGAAGGAGAUCAAUAAGGAGUGCCAUGAUUCCAAGUGGGUUGGUCAUCCUAGCAUCGAGAGAACAAAAGCCGUCAUUGAAGAAGCAUACUAUUGGCCAAGGAUGAGAGACGACGUGGAGAUGUAUGUGAAAACUUGUCUUUUGUGCCAAUAAGAAAAUUUGGAGUAGAGAAAUCCGUCAGGCUUGCUAGAGCCUUUUCCCACACCUCAAUGACCGUGGGAUAGUGUAAGUAUGAACUUCAUCGUCGGACUUCCCAAAGUCGAUGGAUGUGGUUGCAUUGUGUUGUCAUGGAUGAUUUCGAAGUAUGGAGUCCCUUGGCCAAAGGAUAUGAUGGCUAAAGAUGUUAUUCGCCUAUUUUUCAAGAACGUGGUGAGGUAUUGGGGCUUACCAAACAACAUCGUGAGUGACAGAGACGGGCGCUUUGUGGGCCGGUUUUGGAGGGAUUUGUUCAAGAUCAUGGGUUCUUACUUGAUCCACUCAACUAGCUUUCCUCCGCAGAGUGAUGGGGGAAAACAAAGCGGGUGAAUGCUAUACUUGAGAAAUUAUGUGAGUGCUAACCAGUGAGAUUGGAUGAAGUUGAUGGAUACUGCUUAGUUUUCCUACAAUUUUCACAGUGGUGAUUCAACCAACACAAGCCCAUUCGAGUUGGCGAAGGGGCAACAUCCGUUUAUGCCUACCACGGUCCCAACACGAUAUAGAGGGAAGAGUCCAACAACUUGCAAAUUUUCCAAAGGUUGACACGAGAAGAUGGAGAUGGCCAAGGCUUAAUUAUCCUGAGUUAGUAAGAAGAUGAGGAAGUGGACUGACAAGAGGAUGCGACACUUGGGGUUCGAAGAGGGAGACACGGUGAUGGUGAAGUUCUACCCCCAUCGCUUCAAUCAUCUAAAAACCGUGCACAAGGGGCUGCUUCGCUGCUAGAAGGGCCAUUCUCAAUUCCGAAGAGGGUUGGCUAGGUGGCGUACAAGGUGGACGUGCCGCCGCAUUUGGAGAUCGAACAUGCCUUUCAUGUGAGCCAACUCAAGGCUUUCAAAGAGGACAUGGACGAUGAGCAGCGGAUGUAGUCCCACCAACACUCGUCACUAAGACACAUGAGCAUGAUGACAUGGCGCCAACAUGUUGACAACAUUGCGCUCUACUAUGCAGUCAAAAUCGCACUUUAAAACUUAAAAGCUUACAAUUUUACACUUCUAGGUUACCAAAACACUUUUGUUUCCAUAUAAAACCUUUAGUGUAUAAAAUUGGACUAAAUUGCGGUUUAAAGCUUAAAAACUUACGCUUUAUGCUUAUUGUUCACCAAAAUGCUUUACGCUUCUCGUUCACAAAAUAGGUAUUCAUUGCACCAACAAUAUGAUACAUUUGAGAUUCAAAGAUACAUACCAGGUACUUGGAUGCAUUCUCACUUUUAAUAGAGUAAUCUAAUUCUCCAGCCAGGCCCUUACCAAAUUGAUUAGCAUAGAGAGGAAGGUGACUUAUUGUUAAGAUCUAUGUUUACGAACUUAUUGUUAAGAUGCUAUGAGUUGCUCUACUCUAGACAUGAAUUGCAUGUAUUUAUUAACUUAUCUAAAUUCUGUUCACUCAUAUUUUACAUAGUAUAUGUCAUACUUAACAUAUUUUUAGCUAUUUUAUAGUGUGCGUAAAAAACUUACACUUUUGCGCUUUGAUUCUACGCUUUAUGAUUUUAUCCCAUUUUUUGCUUCUAGGUAAAAUCAUGUUUUUGACUGCAUUGCUUAUAUGAUUCUCCACCUUUAUGAGCUUUAUGGUGCACUUAUGAGCCACAUUAUGGGUGACAAUAUGAGAGUGCAUUAUGAGGGGACUUAAUAGGUCUAGUAAUGGGGAGAGACCAUUAUGAGGGAGCAUUGAUGCCUUGUAUGAGGAGGGCCUGUAGAAGGAGCAAGCUCCUUCACUUGUAACUCAUUUCAUCAUUUUUUUAAACUAAUACACCUAGAUAGUUAUCCCGCUUUCUUUGUCUUCUUUGUGAGUUAUACUACAACAAAAUCAAUGAGUUUAA